CCGGGACAGAAAAAACACCCAGAAACACGCAAGGUAGCCCGGGGUGGAGUCAGCAGCACCAGUCAGUGAGCUCGGCACUGUGAUUUCCCUGGUCUCCAGAUACACACGGCUGUUCGAUAGACCUUGACCAGAGUAAAAAGUGGAGUGAAAACAAAGGACAUUUAGGAAUAUUUCCAAAACAUUUAAUCGCUUUAUUUUACAGAAGAUCACUGAAACAGCAGCAUGGGGGUCUAUGAGGAGAAAAAGGAAGCAUGUGGAACUGUCUGCCUGAAAUACCUCCUGUUUGCCUUCAACUUUCUCUUUUGGCUGGCAGGCGGCGUAGUGAUGGCGGUGGGUGUUUGGACCUUGGUUGAGAAGAGCGACUACAUCAGCCUCCUCUCCUCCAAGACCUACGCUGCCUCCGCCUACAUACUGGUCGUGGCUGGAGCCAUCGUCAUGGUAACAGGCGCGCUGGGCUGCUGUGCCACCUUCAAGGAGCAGAGGAGGCUACUGCGAGUGUACUUCGUCCUGCUGCUGUGUAUCUUCCUGUUGGAGAUCCUGUCUGGCGUCCUGGCUUAUAUCUACUACCAGCAGCUGAAUGAGGAGCUGAAGCAGAACCUGAGGGAGACCAUGACCCAGAAGUAUCAGCAGAGCACCCAUGAGCACAUCACCGGGGCGGUGGACAAGCUGCAGGAGGAGUUUAAGUGCUGUGGCAGCAACAGUUCAUCAGACUGGGCUGAGAGCGUGUGGAUCCGCUCCAGGGAGGCGCAGGGCCGCGUAGUGCCUGACAGCUGCUGUAAGAGUCUCACUGAGCUCUGCGGCCGCAGGGACCACCCGUCCAACAUCUACAAGGUGGAGGGGGGGUGCAUCACCAAACUGGAGAAAUUCAUCCUGGACCAUCUGAAGAUCAUCGGAGCAGUCGGUGUUGGGAUAGCCUGCGUACAGGUCAUAGGAAUGGUGUUUACAUGCUGCCUAUAUCGAAGUCUAAAGGCAGAGCCGUACUAAAAAGAGAAGCAGAGGAAGAAACGUGUGUGGGAGAGGGAGGUACUCCUUCAACACAUGCCAUACUCAAAUAGCCCAUAGGUUCUUUUCUUUUCCAUGCACAUAGGGGAAGGGAAAUUUUGGCGAGGGAUCAAAUUGCACAUCUGAGGAACCCAUUUUAGUAAACAAAGGGUGGAAAAACACUACAAGGUUUUUGAAGUAAUUAGGCACUCAAUUUGCAGCCUCAGCUACAUCUUCAAGAUCACUGCAAAACCCUCAGAGAGAAACUGAUGGGAGUUCUAACAGAGAUAAAUUAGUGUGGGACAGCCUCCUAGGGACUGAAACAUUGUAGUUUUCUUCCACUCUGAUUCCCUGGAUGUGCAAUUGUUUGUGGACCAGGUGCUACACCCUAAAGUGCUAUUAGGAUCAGUGGAGUAAAACUGGCACUUUGCAGGAAAUGUAAACCCUGGUCCCAGCAGCGAGCUGUAACAAGCCCGCCCACUGGAGCGCCCUGAAACUGCAACAGCAUUUUGAUUCCACUUAAAGUAGCCAGUCAUGCAUUUCAAAUAUCUGUUCAUUAGUGGCUUUUUAAACUUUUACACUGUUUGUUUUUAUAUUUUGUAAAUGGUUGUUUUUAACAUUAGAGGUGCUUUUCUUGUGAGCUAAAGUUUUUACCUAUGUGUCAUAUUGUCCGAUCAUGUUUGAUCAUAUCAUUUCUGCCACCCCAAGUUGAUCUUGAUAAAGUCAUUAUGGUAAUGUUACAUUCAAGCAGUGCCACUAAUAAUGCUCAUAAGGAAGUGCCUCAUGUUAGCGCCUUUUUUGUACAAGGGAUUUAUCCACUGAUGCCAAAGUUGUCAGCUCUGUGUAAAGGACCUACUGUCUCUCUUCCAGCCUUAUCCACAUUACUAUUGAUGUCUCUCUUUUUAGAUUGUUUUUAUAAAUUAACAUUUGUUUACUUUUCUAUAGACCAUGAAUAUAUGAUUGUAUUUAACAGACACAUUGGUAGGACAUGAUAGUCACUCACUGUUAAGCAUUGAUAUUUUCCCCAUGUGCCUCAAAGACGACACUAAAUGAAUCUGCUGUAUUUCUGUCUUUGUGAUAAUCCUGGAUUUAUUUGGGUUUGAAUAAACAUUGGUUAACAGUAA